GCAGUGAAUAUCGGAACGCAGUUUAAAUACGAAAGUGCAGCGCUCUACUGCGGAAAGAUAUUUGACAACUUUACAGUUAACGUGCUGCGUUCGGACAAAUUGCGAACUAACCUUAAGAAAUUUAUCAGGAGCCGAGAUAGCCAAGUGAUAUGGAGUUCAAGCUGAUUGAAGUGGAUACAAGUGAAUACAAGUGACGAUAAGAUCGUCAUAUUAUAAUGAGUGCCAUGAGUAAUCUUAGGUACUGUUGAGACGACAGUAUCCUGAAACAACGCAAAUGGUACAAAGCUAUGGGUUGAAUGGCGCCAAGUAAAUAUACAUAAAUCAAAAAUAGAUGAAAAUACGUGGACACGUGUGAUAUCGAUAGCUAAGUUAUAUAAUAUACAGAACGUCUAAUUCAUGCAACACUUAACUCAACAUGCAAUACUCACGAGUAUUGUUAGAUGGAUAUAAAGUAUAUUUAGCGUUAGAACAAUUGAAUACCUUUCUUCUUGAUUGUAUCUGUUGUUCCUAAAAAUUGUACUGUAAAAAAUAUGAGUAACGUUACAUCGGAGAAGGUUUCGUUGUACUCGGUUCUGAAGCUCAACGAUAAUGACAUUAAAGAAUUUAUUUGUGGCUGGGGCGCCGCCGCUAUCAACAUCACUGUCACUUUUCCAAUUAAUAAGAUUAUAUUCAGACAGAUUUUAGAAGGAAUGCCUGUGGGUGCCGCAGUCGGACAGAUAUCGCAAGAGGGAAUACGCUUGCUGUAUCGUGGAAUUUUGCCGCCUCUAUGUCAAAAGACUCUGUCCCUCAGUUUAAUGUUUAGCAUAUAUGAGGGAUGUAGGAACAGGAUUUGUCUACUGACCAGCAACGAUGUGCUGGCUAAGAUACUGGCAGCGAAUAUAGCUGGUACAAUGGAGGCUCUCCUUAUGCCGCUUGAGAGAGUGCAAACAUUGCUACAGGAUUGGCGAUACCACACCAAGUUCAAGAACACGUCUCACGCGUUCAGGUAUCUGCUGACAAAUCAUGGGGUGGCCGAGUGUUAUCGCGGCAUGGUUCCUAUCAUAUACAGAAACGGCUUGUCCAAUCUGAUGUUCUUUACGCUGCGGGAUCAAUCGAAGGUGCUGAUGGGCAAACAGGAGUCCCUGGUGACCAACUUUAUCAGCGGCGCCGUGAUCGGCGGUUUCACCAGCACGGUAUUUUAUCCGAUGAACGUGAUCAAGAUACACAUGCAGUCGAAAAUAGGCGGCGACUUUGAGAAAUUUCUGGCCGUGACUCGUGAGGUAUACAUUUCCAGGGAUCGAAGCUUAAUUUCUUUUUAUAAGGGCGUACAAUUAAAUUGUAUGAGAUCCUUCAUUAGUUGGGGUGUGAUCAAUGCGUCAUAUGAUUUUUUGAAGAAUCUACUUAUCUAAAUCGUUUAACUUUCUGUACACACGGUGUGAUCAUUUAUACUUGUGCACUUGUUUUAUUUAAACCAAGUACUAUAAUUAGUAAUAACAUUUAAUUUUAUUUAAAAAAUUACAAAUACUUUUAAAGAUGUUAAAAUAUAUGUAAGAAUUAUUGAAAAAUUUUUUUAUAAUUGUAAAAGUAAUACAAAUUAAGGUCACUCAGGACUUUGACCCAACAUGCACAGAGAAGAUUCCGAAAAACAACGUACGUACAGAGGGUUAAUAAGGAUUUUUGAAUUUAUUUAUGAAAGAUACAUUUCACGCCCUGUUGUAUAAAUUAGAUGCUUUAGAUGAUAAUAGGAAAUUGUGCUUUUUAAUAGGAAAUGUUUUUUUUUUAAAGAGACGUGAAUGUGUUGCAGUUGCACAUUCUUCCUGCUACAAAUACGCAGGCAAAUGCACACAGGAAGAAAGGUCUAUUAUAUAUAUACAUAUAUAUAUAUAUAUAUAUAUAUAUAUAUAUAUAUAUAAACUUUGUAUAAUGUUUUAAUUGUUGAAAUAACAUCAACUGUGAAUGAUUUGUUCUUUUUUUUUAAUGAACAAGAAAAAUCAAAGAAAUUUUAAAGAGCACAUCAAAUUUUUCCUUUGUUUAUAUGUAAAAGUAAUAUAAUUUCUAGAUUUAGAUAGGUGUAAUUUUUAUGAAGGUCUUUAAUCGUCUGAUCUCUACCUUUAUGAAUAUACUUGGAAGUUUCAUGCGCAUUAGUGCAUGAAUACUUCAAGUGUAUGCAAUUAAUGAGACAGAGAAAUGUUAAAUGAAUAAAUUUUAGUAGACACUUUGCCUUUAAUUAUAGGCAAAGUGUUAUCAUGGUUUUAGUUAUUUAUAUUAUUCCAUAAAUUGUAUAUAAUCCAAUUACUUUUUGGAAGAUCUUUAAAUUUCAUAAUCUUUAAGAAUUAGGAUGUUUUAAGGAUAAGAUGUUUUAAGGAUAAAGUGGCACGACUUAUAAUGUGAUACAAUAUCGAGUCACAAAAUAUAUUCGGAAUAAUAAAAAGAUAAUAAAAAAAUAUUUGAAUUAUUGUAAACUAUUUAUAUAUGUGAUAUUACAUUAUAUAAAAAUGUAUCGAAGACUUCUCUCGUAAAAUAAUAUGGAGGAGUCGAAACAAAAAAAUAUAUAUAGCGAUGUGCAUAUAGUUCAUUAUUUAAAUACAAUACUAUUUUUUAUACGGCAUUAAUUUUGUAUGAUAUGUAUAGCAACGAUAUUUUUAUUUUAAAACAUUUAUGUAAAAGUUUGAAACGUAAGUACAAUUCAAUCGAUGAUCAUGCGUUAUUAAUGGUAUUAUUUAAUAAAUUAACUCGCACACAGAAGAAACAGAAGAUGUGUGAAGUUUGUCUGUUGAAUGUUCACGUUGUAUACAAAACAUGUGCAAAUGUGAAAUUAAUGCUGAAGACAAUAUACCUAAUGUUAGUAGUUAAAA